CUGAAACAAAGGGGCCGUACAAUCCUGAGCUUCUGAACUUUGGGGGAAAAAAUGAUGUGUUUAACGGGGGACUAUGUGGUAGGCGGUUCGGGAAGGCUGUACCUUCCUAGUACCUCAUCCAGUGGGGAAAGGGAGAGGGCAACAUGCAGCCGGGAGUUUAGGAUGAAAGGAAGGCUGCACCCUCCAAAAGAGAGAGAAAACCCUGCGGGUGUGUGCCCCAGUGGAGAAUCUCUCCCUUUAUUCGAAUGAAGUUGCAGGACUCCUCCGUGUCCUUUAUGGACACUGGCUUUCCACGGCGUGCUUUCCUCACAGCUCUGGCAUUUCAAUAGCCAGCCCUCAGCGCUGAAGAGAUGCUAAUAGUCCGAAACGGGCUGGAGUUCUCCAGCAAUUGUUCAGGUCCCGCCUGCAGGCACCGUGCUGGUUCAGUAGCUUAUUCCUGCUGCUUCCAGGACUGGGUUUCCUUUGCUUUUUAGCUAUGUGGUGGGUCGUUGGAGAAAACGAUCGGAUCGUGCGCGUCUAAUGACGAGGUGGGGGGUGGAAAGUAAGCGCCAGGCAUGGGCUGGGCUUGUGUUCCCGUCUCCAUGUGAAGGUCGGUUUAGACCAGCCUCCUUGAACGAUCAGCAAGGGGCCAUUUGAAAGUAAAACCAGCUCGGUGCUUCAGAUUUGUUUGCGGGUGAAGCAGAACUGGAGAAAGAAGAUCCUGUGAGGAGCAUAAAAGACUGCUGGGAUAGCCCGAAUGCCCCUGCCCUUUCCACUUGCAGCAAUGCGGAUAUAUUCCGCCGAAUAAAUGCCAUGUUGGACAACUCUCUGGAUUUCAGUGGAGUCUGCACCACGCCUGUCACAAAAAGCAAAUGUGACGCCCUGCCAGACAUCCAGGACUCUGAAGAAGCAGUGGCAAGCAGGAUGCUCUUCCCUACGUCCACGCAAGAGUCUUCCCGUGGCCUCCCAGACACCAACGAUCUGUGCCUUGGCCUGCAGUCUCUCAACCUGACAGGGUGGGACAGACCCUGGAGCACCCAGGACACUGACACUGCAGCACAAACCAGCACGCAGUCCGUUCUCAGCAUGCUGAGUAACCCUCUUGGGAACGUCCUGGGGAAGCCCCCACUGGGUUUUCUGCCUCUGGACCCCAUUGGUUCAGACCUGCCAGAGAAGUUCUCCACGCCGCCGCUGAGGACCUCGCGCUCCCUCCUGGACUCGCGCUCCAGCAGCCCCUCGGACUCGGACACCAGUGGGUUCAGCUCUGGUUCUGACCACCUCUCAGACUUGAUUUCAAGCCUUCGCAUAUCCCCUCCUCUGCCCUUCUUGCCUCUCAGUGGGGUGUCGAGAGACCCCUUGAAGAUGGGAGUGGGAUCCCAGCUGGAUCAAGACCAAGCUGCCCUGGCUGCAGUAACUUCCUCCCCGGCCAGUGCAUCGAAAAGAUGGCCUGGAGCAUCUGCGUGGCCUUCCUGGGACCUUCUGGACUCUCCAGAAGACCCCUUCAGUAUUGAAAGAGAAGCCCGGCUUCAUCGGCAGGCGGCAGCUGUGAAUGAAGCAACCUGCACCUGGAGUGGGCAGUUGCCUCCCCGAAACUACAAGAACCCUGUCUACUCCUGCAAAGUGUUCCUGGGAGGAGUCCCAUGGGACAUUACAGAAGCUGGGCUGAUCAACACUUUCCGUGUUUUUGGCUCCCUGAGUGUGGAGUGGCCUGGUAAGGAUGGCAAACACCCACGCUGUCCUCCCAAAGGUAAUAUGCCUAAAGGAUAUGUCUACCUGGUGUUUGAGUCGGAGAAGUCAGUGCGUGCACUGCUCCAGGCGUGCUCCCAGGACCUGCUGAGCCCUGAUGGGCUCAGUGAGUACUACUUCAAGAUGUCCAGCCGCAGGAUGCGCUGCAAAGAGGUGCAGGUGAUCCCGUGGGUGCUGGCCGACAGCAACUUCGUGCGCAGCCCCUCGCAGCGGCUGGACCCCAGCAAGACGGUGUUCGUGGGGGCCCUGCACGGGAUGCUGAAUGCAGAGGCCCUGGCUGCUGUCAUGUACGACCUGUUUGGAGGAGUGGUCUAUGCUGGCAUUGACACUGACAAGCACAAGUAUCCCAUAGGGUCAGGCCGUGUCACCUUCAACAACCAGCGCAGUUACCUGAAGGCUGUGACUGCUGCAUUUGUGGAGAUCAAAACCACCAAGUUUACCAAGAAGGUUCAGAUUGACCCGUACCUGGAGGACUCCAUGUGCCAAGUGUGCAAUGCCCAUCCUGGCCCGUUCUUCUGCAGAGACCAGAUCUGCUUCAAGUAUUUCUGCCGCUCGUGCUGGCACUGGCAGCACUCCAUGGAGGUGCUGCGCCACCACCGCCCGCUGAUGCGCAACCAGAAGAACCGGGACUCCAGCUAAGGGGCCGCAGUGGCGUGGGGCCGGCAGAGUCCUGGCAGAACCUGCCACCAGGAGAGCGCAGCAGCGCCUGCCGGAGCCAGGCCCGGCUGGGAACGUUCUUCCUGAGGACUGACGGGGAAAAAAAAACAAAAAUCUUACAUUCAUGUUUGCACUUGCUGGUCUUUUUGUUUCUGCACUAAUGCACAGUGAGUUUUGUUGGGGUUUGUUUGGGGGUGUUUUGAGAGGGGGAGUGCCCCUCAAGCCAUUCUGCAGUUCCCAGACUUUGGUUCCUGGUUUGCUGACGAGAAGCAAAAAUCAAAAGUGACUAAACCCAACCAACCAAGGGCCAUGUGUCGCGGAGGUGUCACCGCAGGCGCCUCUGACCUGGUUUUUUUAUUUUUUAAAGGCGCUUUUUUUACAUUCCUUGCAAUACUGGUGGAGAGAGCGCAGGUCUCAUUGGUCAUUGUUUUGCCGUUGCCAUACAGUGCCUUUCCAUUCAUUUACCCCCACCUGGAUGGUGUGACCUGGGUGUUCAGCUGGCGUUUUUUACUGUAACAACAAGGAGACUUUGCUCUUCAUUUAAACCAAAUCAUAUUUCAUAUUUUACGCUCGAGGGUUUUUACGAGUUCCUUUUUACACUCUUAAAAACAGUUUUUAAGUCGUUUGAAAUGAGGGAUUUUUUUGUUUUCCUGGCAGCUUUUAACAUUAUUGCAAUUUGUGUCUGGGGGCUGCUGGCAGGACGUUGUAAAUCCAGGGGUUUGCAACGGGACAGGCCGGGCUUUUUUUUUUUUGUUUUUUGGAUUUGAAACUGGACGGGAUGAGGAUCUCCGAGCUGCUGUAUAUAGUUUUAAAUAGUUUGUUGCACUUUUUUAAGUUGCACUUACGGGGGGUUGAUAGAGGUUUUUAAUCACACAAAGUCACAGGACUUACCUUUUCUUUUGUAACAAGCUAAAAAAGGGCUGCGUUUUGGUGGAUGAUGAAGGUUCCUGGGAGCCCUUUCUCUUAGAGGGGACAAGUAAUUUUCCUUUCCUUCCUGAGAUGUUUGGAGUAUCAGUGCAGUCGACUGAAAUGCUGCUGCUGGGAUUUGAGACCUUAAUUAUGCUGAUCAUUAUUAUUUUGUUACUUUCCCCUCUAUUGGAAGCUGUGUGCCAAAGAACCAGUGUCAUAAUUUCUCCCUCUUUACUAUGAUUAUUUUUUUUUCUUUCCUGCUGAGCUGAUGUUGCAUUGUUGCAUAUCCCAGCUGCUCUUUGUGGGGUUUUGUGAAGCUGUGUGUGAAGUCUCUACCUCAUUGUAGUAUAUGCAGGCAAGACUGCACUCUCCUACAGACGUGUGGAGUAAGCUGUGGUGUAGUUUUUGGCACAUAAUAAACACGUUGCAGCAAAAAAACCCCCAAUUUUCUUGUGCCUUGUGUCCUUCAUGGGAGUUCUCUACAGCUCAGAGGGCUGUGGUGUCACUUCCUGGAGGUG